ACAAGUCCGCCGCAACACCAUGCCACACCUUGAGAUAUAGUUAUCUACCUCUGCGACAAACGGAAAUUUGGCUCUUCUGGCUUCACAUUCUGAUCAUACAUAAUUACUGCACCACUCCGGAACCCUUUGUUACGCGCACUUGGCCGCCAGAGCGGUGUCGACGUGGCCGGUGCCAAAGAGUGCGCCUAAUUUCUGGAAGUCACUCCUUGAGUCAAUUCUAUAAACCACGAUGUUGAACGUUAAAAACCUGAGCGAGCUUCUCGCCAGGAAUGUCGACCCCAAUCUCUUCCCGCACAUGUUCAUCAUGUCGCGAAACGGCACACUCCUCGCAUACUCCACCCCAGUCGACAUCAAGGACCUCCGAGACCAAGCCGCCCUUGUCUCCAUGACCUGGAAAGAAUACGGACCCGACAAGCAGCAAACAGACACCAACAACGCUUCAUCGCCAUCCAAGGACCUCCAAACCCUCACCAUCGAAUUCGAAAACAACAACAUCAUCGCCCGCGCCAUCCAACCCACCCUUCUCCUCGUACUCAUAGGCGGCGUCCCACCCUCCCGAAAGUCAGGCUUCAAAAUCACCCCCGAAGCCCGCGGGGACCCCAGGUAUCCGCCUACCGACGACUCGGCCGUAGAGGACGGAGACGCUACGCAACACGGCGAGUCGCAGGCCGCAGACUCGCUAGCCGCUCCUACCGGGGACGGCGCUGCGGUUGCUGCUGGCAAGAAACGAGCGCCAUCCAUCACCAGCACGAUGAGCCAGCGCGAGAAAGACAUCAAGGGCGGCGUGCUGCACAUCCAGCGGAAGAAAGCAGACGCCAUGGCCGACUUCAUCAGGAAGGAGUUCGACGCGAAGGGAUUCGUCAUGCCGGACGAUUCGUCUUUCCCCUGAACGUAGCUCUCUGUAGCUAGAGGAGCCGUUCUACAUCCGCGCAUGUCCACUUCCCUACUGGGACCGAUUGGCCUCCCAGCUUCUCUGUAUUAUGUCUGCUGUUCUUGUUCUGUUUACUCACUGCCUCGAGGGAUCCAUUGCCCUCGGAAUGUCUCGAUGCUAGGCGUCGGUGGAGGUGCGGUACUUGUAUAGAUUUGGGAGUUCGUUUUGCAUAUCUGCAUGGGCAGUCGGAAGUCCUGCCAUGUCUUGUCUCUUUUCUUCUCUUCUUUCUGUAGUUAGGAGCUUUGCUUGCAAAUACCCGAAAUCACAUUUCUGA